AAUUUUUUUUUUUCGCAAUUAUUUCGACUGUGACAAAACAUUUUGAGGCGAUAUUGUCAGAUAAUGUGGUAUAAUUAUUGUCAUCAGUUGAACAUUUAUCGAUGAUUAGUGUUUGAAAGCAAAAAAGAAACAAUUUUCUCCUAUUUGUUCAGUGCAAACGUUUGUUUCCUAGGCAAUGCAAUCGAUGGCGCACUCAUUUGUCAAACGUCUGAAAUUUCAAACAUAAACAAACCCCUCGUCGGUGACAGUUAUACGUAGACAUUCAGUGCAGUUUGUGCUGUCAUUCGCUCCGGUAUUUUUUUUUUGUACGUUGUUAUUUUAUGAUUGGUAAAAAUGACGCAGAUUAUUGAGUUCACGAAGCAUUCCGACAACUAUUUGGUGUAUCAUUUUGAUUUUGAGUGUAAUGACACCAGUGCGAUUGGAACGUAUACAGGAAACUGUUCGCUCAAUAAAUUCAUGAACUUGAACGAUUGGCAUACGAUUUUGGGUGAUUUGAGUGCACCGGUGGGAAAAUAUGUGGAAAAUCCAUUCAGGCAGCCAACCGACGCGGUACGACAGAUUGAUGGUACAAAUUUUGAACUGCAUAUCCAUUGGGAGGAUAUGGAUGCAUCGCUGUACUCGAAGCUAUUGUCGUCGUUAGAUUUUGAUUUAGUAUUUCCGUUUGUGAUUAAAGUUAGAGUAGUGCUACGAUCAAAUGUAGAUAAAUUUAUGAUUCCUGAUACACCGGCAAAAUCACCAGUUCGAAAGAAGACAGCGGAGCGAAAGAAAACGACUGAUACAAGUGCACACAGUUUGAAUGUGUCGAAACUAACGAAUGGUAACGAUAGUGGCCAAUCGAUCAAGUUGCGAGAAUGCUGCGUUCGAUUGCCACUACUGCAAUUCGAUGAGAAUGGUGAUCUGAUUCAAAACCAUAUGGUACGCAAUAAGCGAAAACAUAGUUCAAUUGCGGCCAAUGAAGUGCAGCCCACGAAAAUAACACCCAGCAAAAUUCAUAGCGACCAAAAUGAUUUAUUCAUGUGCUCGAGCAGCAGCACGCCGCUUGCGCGUAAUCACAGCGUGGCACUGAAAGAAAUCGAAAAUGAAGUACGUGAAACAUUCGCCAUUCCAGAUCCAAAGGUGGCAAAACGUGUAACCAAUCGACUUACGACCACACCACGUUCCAGCAAUGAUCGCAAGUCAUCACAGUUCAAUCCACGAAUUCGACUCCUGAAACCACCUGAUGAUGUCAAUCGCCUGAACAAAUCGAAAAAACUGAAGCAAAAAAAUACAGGAAAAAAAACGGGAAAAUCAAAGACAAAAGAUAAAACCACAAAAAAGCCCAAGCCCAAAGCACAGUCUGUUGCAAAUGAAAGUGAAUGGUUUGAAAAACCGGCCGAAAAUCAAAAGGUCAAGAAAGUCAAGCCAAAGAAAAAGUCAUCACCACCGGCAGCACCAGAAAUUAUUAAGUUAGAAGAACGGGACUUAAAAUCACUGACUGAUGAUGAAUUAUGGAAAUCAUUCGAUGACCAUUAUGCAGUUGUUUCGAAUCUAUUCCUUGAUUACUUGAAACAAACUGAUGCAACCGUGCGUAAAUCAGACGAUUACAACCAUAUUGAUAUGCUGUCUCUUGUGACAACCGAUCAGUUUUCAGUCAUGUUAGACAUUUUAUUCGAUAAAUUCGUGAAAAUCGGCGAGUUCGGUGAGAUUUGCUAUGAUACUUUAUUCUUGGAGCUGCUGAUACCCGAAUGGACCCUCGCCAUAUACAUGCAACGCCAUUCGUUGGAUCGUGCCGUGGCCAUUGAACGGAUUAACGCACAGAAAACGGAUGAUAAUCAAAGUUAUGAGGGCUAUACGACCAUUGUCUCUGUCAAACUAGACGAUACAAUGAAUAACACUAAGACGCAUACCACCAUUGAUAAGAUUUAAAUAUGAAAUUGUUUAUUCUUCACUAAAA